GUAAUGCUACCAGUUCAGCUGAACAAAUCGCGUGCAGCUGCUGCGCGAAAUCUUUACGGGCUUCCACCAGAGCAACUGCUAGCAUAUGCUACCUAUCUACCUCGAUUCGGGUACGGUAACCUGCUCUAUCCCAAUAUGACGUCGAGCGGGCCAAUGCUUGUCAAAUGCGCACCGCCGCUGGAGCUGGCAGGUUAA